AGCACAAUUUGAUACUAUUCCAGCCAUGGAUAUCUUAAGCAUAAUAUGUAUAUUUUUCUACUUGGGAAGAAGUUGGGGACAGGAGCAAACGUAUGUUGUCUUCGCACCUAAAGCUUUCUGUGUUGAUGCCUCUGAGAAAGUAGUGAUUCAAGCUCAUGGAUAUACAGAACCGUUUUCUGUGUCUGUUGCUAUUAAAAGUUAUCCUGACAAAAAUUUCAUAUAUUCCCUUGGGCAAGUUAAUUUAUCUCCAGAAAAUAAAUUCCAAGACUCUGCAAGCUUAAUCAUAGAACGAAAAGAUUUGCCUGGAGAACCAAAUGCAAUUUCAUAUGUGUACUUAGAAGUUGUAUGUGCUCAUUUUUCAAAAACAACAAAAAUUCCACUGCGUUAUGACAAUGGAUUCAUCUUUAUUCAGACAGAUAAAUCUAUUUACACUCCAGAUGAAACAUCAGUAAAAGUUAGAGCUUAUACAUUUGACGAAGACCUAAAACCAGCUCAAAGAGAAGUUAUCUUAACUUUUAUAGACCCAAAAGGGAAAGAAACUGACAUGGUAGGAAGUACUACAAAUCCUGGAAUUGUAACUUUCCCUCAUUUCAACAUUCCAUCAGAUGCUAAGCUUGGUUUAUGGACAAUUAAUGCUAAGCACAGGGAGAAUUUCACAACAACAGGAACUACGCAAUUUGAGAUUAAGAUGAAUGAGGGAGCAAAUUAUGUCUUAGUAGAACCAGAAAACAAUGUUAUCAGCUAUAAAAAUCUAGAGGACUUCAAGAUUAAUAUAAAAGUUAGGAUUAUUCCUGAAGGGGAUGUUUUUGUCUUUUUUGCAAUAAAAGAAGAUUUACAUGAUGAUGAAAAAGAAAUGUUGCUUGCAGAAAUACAAACGACAAAGCUGGUUGAUGGUGUUGCACAAAUCAGUUUUAAUACUACAGAGGAAAUUAAAAAAUUAAAUAUAAGUCCAGGAGAUUUAAAUAACAAGUACCUUAAUAUUUUCAUGGACGUAAGUGCAGGUGAAUUCCAUGAAAGCAAAAUAACUGAUAUCAAAUACAGCAUCUCACCCUACACUCUGGAUUUGGUUGCCACUCCUCUUUUCCUGAAGCCUGGAAAUCCAUUUCCCAUCAAGGUACAGGUGAAUGCUCCUGGCCACGUUACAGGAGGGGUUGCAGUAAUACUGGAAGGAAUAUUUGAUAAAUCCCUGAAUCUGGGAACAAUGCAAAGUACCACAAAUUCUGAUGGAGUAGCCUCAUUUAUCAUUAACAUUCCCUCUGAUGCGGCAACACUGGAUUUUCAUGUCAGAACUGCUAUCCCAGACCUUCCAGCCAAAUACCAAGCCAGCAAGGACUAUGAAGCGGUGGCUUACUCAUCCCACAGUCACAGUUUCCUUUCACUCAGCUGGCCAGACAGUCACAAGACUUUGUUUGUGGGGAAAACUCUGAGCAUAACCGUCACCCCUGAAAGUCCUUACGUUGACAGUAUUACACACUACAACUACCUGGUUUCUUCUAAAGGAAAAGUUAUCCACUUUGGAACAGCGGAGAAACUCCCAGGCUCAUCCUCCCAAGUUUUGAAACUUCCCCUGACUCAGCACAUGGCUCCUACAGCCUGUCUCCUGGUCUAUUACUUUGUCACAGGAGAUCAGACGACAGAAUUAGUGUCUGACUCAGUCUGCCUAAAGAUUCAAGAAAAAUGUGGCAAUCAGCUUCAGAUACGUGUGUCUCCAAAUAAAGAUGUAUAUUCACCAGGUGAACGCCUUUCUCUGACUGUUAAAACUCGGUCAGAAUCAUGGGUAGCAUUAUCAUUAGCGGAUGUUGCUACAUAUAACUCUGAAGAAAGAAGCAAAAGUUUCGUGGAAAGAAUACUUCAGUCUUCACACAAACCCGGCCAGGAGUGCGGGGCAGGUGGUGGCAGGAAUAAUACCGAGGUGCUCUGCUCCACGGGACUCACUGUCCUUAGCAACGUGGACACAGCCUGCUCCCAACAAGAUGGUGGAUCAUUUAAGAAAGUUCUCAGGUCAAAAAGAGACUUGAAGCAGAAGAUUGAUAAGAUAGCAUCCCAAUACAAACACCCGGUGGUUCAGAAAUGUUGUUAUGAUGGGGCCAGGGAAUCUGAGGAGAGCUGCGAGGAAAGAGCUGCACGGAUUAAGAUUGGACCCAGUUGUUUCAAGGCUUUCUCUCAUUGUUGUACCAAGGCAAAUAUUCAGCGGUUCGAGAGUACUCAUAUGUCCUUAGAUACAGUACGUGGUUCUGGCCUUAUUACAUUGAAGCUUCCUGACAAGCGCUUAUGGAAUGUUUAUCAUGUUCUUAAAAGGUAUAAGCUGGAUUUGACAUUACCUAUGUCUCUAACUUCCUGGGAAAUUCAUGGUGUUGGUGUUUCAAAUAAUGGUCUGUGUGUUGCUGAUGUGCUGCAGGGACGAGUGAGUCUGGAACAAUAAUGUCACAGAGCCACCUGAGAGGGACUCCAGAACUUAAGUAGCUUUUGCAGCCCUUACCUUAGAGAGAAUGGCGAAAGCUCCAGCAACCAUUUUGACCAUGACAUAAUUCUGAAGAUGGAACAUUGAUCCAGCAUGGAAGAAUCAAAAGAUAAUAGCCCCUUCUAAUCCCUGACCCUGAUGACAUUUGAG